CACUGAGAAUGCUCGCGUCGACGUUGGGCCGCGGGCCUCUGCGCAUGGGCAGCCGCGCGCUGCGCCGCCUGGCACCGGCCAUGGCCUCGCGGACGCUCUCUUCUGCGACGCUUGAUGCUGCUCCCGCAGCAGCGCCUACCGAGACGCCGGCCAAGUUUGCCAAGGAGAUGACGCCGUGGGAAAAGCUAACGACAACGAUCAUUGACGACCAGAUGGACAUCAAGGCGAUGCAGAACGCCCAGCGGGCGGUCGAGACGCUUGAAGCCGCCUGCCCGAUUGACCAAGACGACGCCUUUAUCAGCUGGCUUCGGGAUACGUUCGCUGACAAGGACGCGACGUUGGACAAGGUUGCGUUCGAAGCCCGUAUCGACGAUGUCAUUGCCAAGUUGCAGUCGCUCCAAGACGAAGCCUGCGGCGGCGAACCCAAGCUCUUUGAUCAUAACCGCUUGUCGAACGAAAAGCUCGCAUCGUCCGUGCUUGGCAUGCACUACCUGUACACCAAGGUCAAGUGCCAGGACAUCAAGCGGUACUUUGCGCAGCUCGACAAGGACAACGACGGCAUCGUCGCAAGUGCGGACGUGCACGCGCUUCUCGAACUCUACGCGCUGGGCACGCCGGCAAAGUGGCUCGAACGCCACUUUGCGGUCCUCGACAGCAACCAAGACGGCGCGCUCUCGGAGGCCGAGAUGCAGCAGCUGUACCUCAAUAUCUGCGGCGUCCACAAGAGCUUUCUCAACGACCUCUUGGACCACCACACGACGCACAUGACCAAGGCGCACACCAAGCAGCGUCAGAAAGCGCUCUCCGAGUACGAGUGGACGUUCAAGCUCACGGAGAAGCUCCGGUGCAUGUACCACUUUGCCGGUAUCCCCAAGGACGUCCAGAUCGCGCAGCCGCCGCCCGUGAUUCCACCGCGCGACUCGAUCGACUGGGCGCUUCUCCAAGAGUCCCAGGCGGCCGAGCUGCCCGAGUUUGACCGCAUGCUCUCGCACUACAUGGCGGCCAUCCACGACGCUCGGCGCGAGUUUUACGUGCAGACGGACGCGACGCGCGUCACGCGGAUCCAAAGCGGCGCGUUCCUCGUCUUUGUGACCGUCACCGACGUCCUCAUCUCGCUCAUGUAAGCCACCAACCGCACGACUCGAAUAGACGACCCUCUUGGGCACAGCAUCUCUGUUAAAAAAGACAUGUUGUCCACGCUUGCAACUUGAAACAUUGAUACUUCCCGGUGCGCUAUCACUGGUCAUCCCCGAA